AUGCUGUCAUUCUGGAUUGGGACAUUGUUCCUGUGUGGAUACCUUGUCAUCUGCGGGUUUAGAUCACCCCUGUCUGCUGUGCCAGGACCAUGGUAUACCCGAUUUACAAGUUUGUGGAUCAAGUAUCAAGAGUUCACUGCAAAUCGACGGGAGUCGAUCCACAAAUUGCACAAAAUUUACGGCCCUGUGGUCCGCCUCGGCCCGAAUGAGGUAUCAUUUACCAGCUUGGAUGCGAUUAAAGAAAUCUAUGCAUCUGGAGGGAGUGGAUACGACAAGACCGAGUAUUAUGAUCUAUUCAGACAGUUCAAGAUCAAGACCAUGUUCUCGACACUCUUAAAAGAUGAACAUAGCAAGAGGAAGCGCAUAUUCGCUGAGAGAUACGCCAUGACCAAUAUCAUGAAAGAGAAACCCAUAGCUGCAAUUACCGAAAGAGCAAUGGUAUUCGUGUCAAGCUGCGCUGCUGCUGGGCGACAGAGUGUGGACGUAUACUCUCUACUUCAUUGCUAUGCGCUGGACUGCGUUACCCAUUUCAUGUUCAGUCCCGGGGGCCUCAAGUCCCUCGACACCGCAAAGGACUUUGAGGUCAUGCACGAGCUGACAUAUCACCAAAGCCUCCAAAAGAAUCUGUUGGAAUACUACCUUCCUGCACUGGCGCCAUAUUUCCCCAAAUGCUUGCAUGCCCGCAGUGCACCAAAAGCAAAUCAAUACGUGCUCGACAUGGCCGCCCGAUCAGAGCUCGAAAAUCAUUCUCUUAUGGAAAAGCUCAAACGGAAAGAGUCCCCUCUUGAACUAAACCAAGCUGCUGCAGAAUGCAAAGACCAUAUGGCAGCUGGUAUUGAUACCACCGGUGACGGACUAUGUUUCUUGAUGUGGGAGCUGUCACAGCCGCAGAACCUCGGCUUCCAGCGCCGUCUCCAGGAAGAGUUGAAAGCUGCCCCGCUCGAUGCUCCGCUAGACAGUUUUAUCUAUCUCGAUGCUGUAAUCAAGGAGGCAUUGCGAUGUGCGCCCCCUAUCCCUAUGUCAUUACCGCGAUAUGUCCCUACUGAAGGCCGGGAGAUUGACGGAUUCUUCGUCCCUGAGCAUACCAUUGUGAGCUGUCAGCCUUACUCGGUGCAUCGGAUCAAUGAGCGGGUUUUCCCUGAGCCUGAUUGUUUUAAUCCUGAUCGAUGGCUUGUUGAGGAGGGAGCGGCCGAGAGAAAUCGACUUUUCUUUUCCUUCGCUACCGGUGGUAGAGGGUGCAUAGGAAAGAAUCUUGCCCUCGUUGAAAUGAAGACAUUACUGCGCCAAGUGUAUACACGCUACUUGACGACUGUCGCGUCGGAUAUGACUGCUUCGAUGAAGUUGGAUGAUCAGAUCAUAUCUUCGAGGCCAGAAGGGCAGAGUUGUAAACUGGUGUUCACUGCUAUCGAGUGA